AAUUAAACUACCUACCAUCUUUUCUAAACCUAGCUCUCUCUCUCUCUCUCUCUCUCUCUCAUUUCCCCUUUUAUGCAGAUUCUCUAAACCACUGGUUCCCACACUGUGUUAUCAUAUCAAAUAUGAAGAUGAAAGGCAUAGACAUAUUCUGUGCAUCCCAAGCUUCAACAGCCAUAUGCAUGAACAUGGAUCAUCAAGCAUCCUCCUCCAUCGUACAACUCGGCGGCCGAGCCCUCGACCGCCACAACCCCAUCAUCCAAGAUGCAAGAAGAAGCACAAGCUCCAGAACCCUUCCCAUUGCUCCAUGCUCUUCCCAAUCCCCCAUCAACCCCAAGGCCUACCACCAACUCCCAAAGAACAAGAAAAAAGCAACCUCCUCGUCACUUAGACCAAGUACCAAGAGCUCCUCAAAAGAAAAUGAUCAGAAGAGGAAGAGUACUAGUAAUAUUUUUCAUGGAAAGUUGGAUGAAAAUGUUAAGAAGUUUUCUUCUGUUCUAAGUGAGAGUGUUGUUAGGAAGAGCUCUGCCAACCCUAUCGAUCUUAUUACUCCUCCUGGCUCCUCGAGAUCCCUUUUGAGUGAUACUGUGAUCUUUGAUGGGUUAUCGGAUUACGAUCCGGUUUUGGCAUUGGUUCCGGUUGGGCAGAAAAAGAAUGCAGUGAAAAUAAUCACAGAAAAUAAAUCUACUACCUCUUCAAUUGGCUCUUCUUCCUCAUCUCUGACAAAAGACAAAAAACCACCAACGCCACCGCCACUGCCACCGCCUUCCAGCCAGGUUGUUGUAUUGAUGGUGUCCCUUCACUGCAAAGGGUGUGUAGGAAAACUGAGAAAACAUCUAUCCAGAAUGGAAGGGGUGACAUCAUUCAACAUAGACUUCGCAGCAAAGAAGGUGACAGUCACUGGAGAUGUAACCCCAUUGAGUGUCCUUGCCAGUGUCUCAAAGGUGAAGAACGCUCAGUUUUGGCCUACUGUGUCAUCAGCAUCACCUGCCUCUCCACCUUGUCCUACCAAACUAGAGGCCAAGAAAUAAUUUAACAGGUAACUGAAGAGAGAGUGGGAGAGAGAGAGAGAGAGAGAGAGAAGAAAAAAAACCAAAAACUGGGAAGGUGUUUUAGAUGUAUGGUUUGGAUGUGAAUUAAUUAAUUAAUUAAUUAAUUAAUAAUUAAUAAUUUAAUAUUAGUGUAAAGGCAAUGUUAGCAUGAGUGAGUGGAGGAACCAGAUUCUGUAUUGCUUGGAAGGAACUAGCUAGGAAGAAGUUGAGUGAGUAGUAGAAGAAUCAAGAUUAGAACCCAUCUUAUCAUAUUCUUCACUUUUUGUAGUUUGCUUUUAGUUUGGGACCGACCUUUGCUAUCUGUUACUUAUAAGAAAAUGUGGAGAGCAACUUUCUUAUCACGGGAAUGUCAUUGAAGUUGUAUUCAAACUAAUUAUACAUUGUUAUGUGAAAAAGUUAAAAUGAUAGCAGUAAGGUGACUAAUUUACAAUCUCGUUGUAAGUAAAUGUCUCUUUGUCUAUUGGAGUACCCAACAAAUUAAUAGCUAUAUGUGGCCACCAUUCUAUUCUGUUU